AUGUGGAGAGACACCAUCCUAACCAUUGCUGUGCUGUAUGUCUUCCAUACUUGGACUUUGGGUGUGGACUCAAAGAUGGUAAAAUGCAUUUACUUGGACAUGGCCCCUGACUCUGUUGACGACAUGUAUAAGGGCUGCUUUGGAGAAAUGAACGACAAAGUGCUGAAGAAAUAUAUUCCAGAAGAAUUUAAACAUAAUUCUUUCAAAGAUUCCUGGAAGUGGGCAAAUAAUUGUGCAAAUUCAGUGAGGGAACGAUUUGAGAAAAAAUAACUUCCCUUUGAUCGUAUCCAGGCUAUUUGUGCGUACACAGCAGGUCAUCCUGAAAUAUAUAUAGAGUUUAAUAAGGCAGUGCGCACAAAUAAAACAGACUACAGUUCUUCCUUUAAGUUCCACUCCCUGCAUUUCCUCUUGACUGAUGCUCUCCGCCUCCUGAAAAACAAUCGUAAAGAGGAUUGUAUCACCUCAUACAUAAGAACAAAAGACAAAAUUUUUGCAAAAGUUAACCAAAACAUUCAGUUUGGCAUGUUUACUUCCAGUUCCACCAACAGAGAAAUCAAUGAAAUGUUUGGAGCGAAUUCCUGCUUUGUGAUAAAGACAUGUUUUGGUGCUGAUCUCAAUUCCUACUCCAAAUGGCCAGAAGAGUUGGAGGUGUUGAUUCCACCCUAUGAAGUAUUCAAUGUAACUGAAGUGCUCAAAAAAUAAAUGUAUCCAAACCUUUGGCGCAAAGUUGUAUACAAACUGCAGAGUAUCGCAACAAAGAGUGAUGUGGAUUGCAAAUAA